CCAGCGAGCACACUCAAUCCAAUUUACCUAUCUCAAACUUGAAAUCCCCGAUUCGUCCCCGCCAGGCAUGUCCGCCGAACCUGCCUCUCCGAUCCUCACAUCGGCCGAUGGGCCUCAGGUAGCCGUCCGAUCAGCAUGGCGCGUUGCGCACGGCGAUUGGUCGUCCGUGUCCCAGGUUUCUGAAACACCAUACGAACCUUCCGAAAAUGCGGAACGAGGACUCGGGGAGGGGGAUCGAGAGGUCGGCGGAAUUGGCGGCAGGGGUGGCGGGACGGUGGAGUUGGCGCGAGAGGAGCGAUCGGCGGAUUGCGUCUUGACGUUGCUCUUCGCGGGCCGCGCUGUCCGCCUGCACUCCAUCCACGUCAUCGCUUCAGCGCGCUUUGCUGAGCUGUACUCCGCCAAUGCCACGUGGCAGGGCGGCACAGGGCAGGGGGAGGACGCAUCCAGGGGAGGUGAUUUGGGGGAGUAUGUUAGCACCGUUAGGGGGGAAAUGGUAGAGGAGAGUAGAGGAGGAGGAGGGGGAGGAGGAGGGGGAGGAGGAGGGGGAGGAGGAGGGGGAGGAGGAGGGGGAGGAGGAGGAGGAGGAGGAGGAGGAGGAAUGGCAUCAGGCAGCCGCCCUCUCUACUCCCUGCUCUUGCGUGUCCCACCUCCCCUAGAUGCAGACGAUUGCUCCCACAGUGACUGCAGCUCCGAAGCUGAAACAUCAUCAAUAGCAGGCUCGGCAACAGGCUCGGCCACAGCAGCAGGUGCAUCCCUAUCGGAAGCGUGGCUGACCUCGCUCUCUCUGAAGCUGCUAGGUCUAAGAGGCGCUUCUUCCGUCACUAUUCACUCCAUCCACGUCUCACUAUCCCCAGGUCCCUUCCUCUCCUCCUCGCCGCUUCAGUCCGCCCCUACUGCUGCUGCUACUGCUGCUACUACUGCUGCUACUACUGCUGCUGCACCACCACCACCACCACCACCAGAAGCAGCAUCAGCAGCAGCAGGGCCGAGCCUCCUCCCGAGCCUGUCGCCAAGCCUGUUGGCCAGCUUGCCCCAGGAGUUGCUGUCCAAGCUGCCACCGAACCUGCCUGCUGCGUUAGCCAGUGGCAUGGGUGCUGGCGGUAUGGGUGGUAACAUGGGUGGUAACAUGGGUGGUAACAUGGGUGGUAACAUGGGUGGUAUGAUGAGUGGUAAUUCUGGUGGUAACGUCAGUAGUGGUGGUAACAUGGGCGGCCUUUCAGCCUCCAUGCUCCCACUCCUCCUCGCAUCCCUUGCAGGCCCCUCCAAAACCCUUCGCCCUCCCCCCUCCUCUGCUCCCUCUCUUCCAUCUAGCACCACCCCCCACACUCUUCCAUCCUCACUCCCUCCUCCCCAUGCUCCUUCACCCCUCCUCACUCCUCCUCUCUCCGCCCCUUCAUCCACCCCGCCUCCCCCCCAAGACUCCUCUCCUCUCCUCCUCUCUCUCAUGCACAGAGUGGAGCGCUUGGAGAGGGUGUGUGCCAGGCUGGAGGCUCAGGUGACAGGUGGCAUGUCGCGAUUGGCCACACGGCUGGAUAAGGUCGAGUCUAGCGUUCGCCAGAUGUCACAAGCCUCCCUUGCCUCUGCUUCUACACCUGCUGCUGCUGCUACAGCUCCCACACCUGCUAUACCUGCUGCUGUACCUGCUGCUACAGAUGCUCCAACAAUUGCUGCUACAGAUGCUGCUACAAGUGCUGCUGCUGCUACAAGUGCUGCUGCUGCUACAGAUGCUCCUACAAGAGGUGAUGCUGCCACAGCUGCUACAAGUGCUGCUGCUGCUACAGAUGCUGCUAUAAGUGCUGCUGGUUUUAGAGCACCUCAAGUGACUGCUACAGAAGAUAUUGCUACAGCAGAUGUUGCUACAUUGCCUGCUUUCUCGCCCGUGCAGCAGCAUGGCAUGCAGGAGGAAAUUGAGGGUGCAAGAAUGGCAGACGUAACAGCAGCAGCAGCAGCAGCAGCAGCAGCAGCAGCAGCGGGGGGAGAAGGAGCAGUAACAAUAGCAGCAGUGGAGUGGGGAGCUGUAGCAGCAACAGUGCAACCAUCAGCGUCAGCAAGUGUUGGUGUCGAAACAGGAGCAGCAGAGGGAGCUUCAGCAGCAGCAGCAGCGGUGGCAGCAGCAGCAGAAGAAGAAGAAGAAGCAGCAGCAUUAGAAGCGGCAGGAUCAGGAACAGCAGAUUCAGAAGGAAAGCUCGCAGGAACAGCGGCUGUAGAAGCCAAGAGGCGGGGAAUGGAUGCCUUUUUUAAAGAGAUACUUACUCGGAUGGAGCAGCGGCAGCAAACAGAAGCACUGAACAAGCCUGAUGUUGCUGAGAUGCAUCAAGUGGGGACACUUGAAGAGCUUGGCGCUGCUGUGAUGCAUCAAGUGGAGACACUUGAAGAGCCUGGCGCUGCUGAGGUGCAGCAAGUGGAGACACUUGAAGAGACUGGCAUUGCUGUGAUGCAGCAAGUGGAGACACUUGAAGAGACUGGCAUUGCUGUGAUGCUGGAAAAGGUUGAAACUCAGGGAGACGGAUAGUGGUGGAGUGGGGAAGGUUGACAGUGGUAAGGGGUAUGGUGAGGUUGAGGGUGGUUUUACGAAGGCUGAAGAAGUGGAGGAGGAAAGACAAGAAAGUAGGGAGGAGAGAGGAGAGAGCAGAGCAGAGAGGAGAUAGCAGAGGGAGGUAUGCAUGGAGGCAGGUUUAGGGAUGGGAUGGGAGGAGGUCACUUGAACACAUUGUACCGCAGCCAGGGAGAGGUCAUGGGGAGUUCAAGGGAGCUGAUGCAAAACGCAGGGGAAAUCAACAAAAACGUCAGCAGGAGGAGGGAAUGAUGAACGAGAAGGGACUGGGCCGGAGUGAAUCAACAGGGUAUUGGUAUCGUUGCUGGUGUGCAGGGUGCACGUUCUGGCGAGGAGGCAGGAUCAUCUGCAAGAUUCAUACGACUGAGCCUCUGAGGGCUCGACUGGGGUGGGACGGGGCACAGGAAUUUGUGGUGGGCAGCUUUGGUAUGGAGGAUGACUGGCAUUCGGACCAAUGUUACUCUCACGUCACGACCAUAAGCCAAAACUCCAAAA